UGUAGUGCUGAGCGCCACCAGCAGGCGCAGACAGCAGCAGUUAGAGAACUCUGUGUACAGCUAUUAAAGUGCUGAGCGUUCAAGGUCCGACAAACAGGCUGCGCAUUUCAACACUUAGAGUCCUCUGACGUGUUUUAAAUCUGUGUUUUUCUGUGAAAUCUCCGUGUCUGCCGUCCUGCAGCUCUCUGGAUUGUUCUGUGUUAAACCAGCGUCAGUGAGGAGGGGCGCGGUGAGCUGCAGCUGCACACAAUGAUCCCCAGGAUGGUGUUCCUCUCCCGGGCACUGAGGAGACAAUGUGCCGCUCCUGGAGCUUUGCAGACCCUGGUCAGAGCAUGGACUCGGAGGACUGGACUACCUGCAGCCUGCCGCGGCAUUCAUGUGGACUCUCCUCCAAAUAUCCCCACCCUCACUACCAGCUACGUCCAUGGCACCUCCUCCUCUCCUUUACUCCAUUACACAGUAGCAGAAGCCCUGCAGAGGACCGUGGACCGCAUGCCUGACAAAGAGGCCAUGGUCUUCCUGCAAGAUGGAGUCCGCAAGACCUUUGCUCAGUUUCAGCAGGAUGUGGACAAAGCUGCUGCUGGGCUCCUGGCACUGGGACUAACAAAAGGAGACCGUCUUGGUAUGUGGGGGCCCAACACUUAUGAAUGGAUCCUGAUGCAGUUUGCCACAGCUAAAGCUGGUAUCAUAAUGGUGGCUGUGAACCCGGCGUACCAGCCACAGGAAGCAGAGUUUGCACUGAGAAAGGCGGGCUGUAAGGUCAUCGUGUGUCCUGCGCAGUUUAAGACUCAGAAGUACUGUGACAUGCUUAGAAAGAUUUGUCCAGAAAUCGAGACGUCGACACCGGGAGACAUCAGGAGUGCCAGACUUCCAGAGCUCCGUACUGUGAUUGUUUUGGACAGUCGAGAGCCAGGAAUGCUUCACUUUGAGGACGUGAUGCAGGCGGGGAGCAGCCAGUACGUUCAGCAGCUUCAGGAUCUGCAGAAGGAAAUCUCUUUCGAUGACCCCAUCAACAUCCUGUUCACAUCGGGCACAACCGGAGCUCCAAAGGGUGCCACUUUGUCUCAUCACAACAUCGUCAACAACGGCUUCUUUACUGGCCUCAGAUUGGGAUACACCUGGAGGCCCGUCACUCGUAUCUGCAUCCCCGUGCCGAUGUACCACUGCUUCGGCUCAGUGGGAGGAGGGAUGUGCAUGGCCCUGCAUGGAGUCUCUCUGGUCUUUCCCUCCACCGGUUACGAUGGAAAGGCAAACCUGGCAGCUAUAGAGAGUGAGAGGUGCAACUUUGUCUACGGCACUCCGACCAUGUAUGUGGACAUGCUGAGCCAGCCGGACUUCGCUAAAUACGAUCUGUCAUCUGUUGAAGCGGGCAUCAUGGCGGGUUCUCCUUGUCCUCCAGAACUUGUCAAGAAGAUCAUCGCUUUAGGGAUCAAGCAAAUAACCAUUGGAUAUGGAACCACAGAGAACAGCCCUGUGACGUUCUGCGGGUUUCCAACCGACAACCUGGAGAGGAAGGCUGAGACCUGUGGCUACAUCAUGGACCACAUAGAGGCUAAGAUAGUGAACCCCAACACAGGACGGAUCGUUCCUCUAGGAGAAAUAGGAGAGAUUAUGGUCAGAGGAUACUGUGUGAUGUUGGAGUACUGGGGCGACAAAGAAAAAACUAAAGACUGCAUCACAGACGAAGGCUGGUACAAAACUGGAGACAUGGGCAGCAUGGACAGCUACAGCUACCUGAAAAUCGAGGGCAGGAUUAAAGACAUGAUAAUCAGAGGAGGAGAGAAUAUUUACCCGGCUGAGAUCGAACAGUUCCUGCACACACAUCCUAAAGUCAAAGAGGCACAGGUGGUUGGAGUUUAUGAUGAACGUAUGGGUGAGGAGGUCUGCGCCUGCCUCAAACUCGUGGAUGGACAAGAGUGCACCCCAGAGGAAAUCAAAGCUUUCUGCAAGGGACAGAUCUCUCACUACAAGAUUCCUCGAUACGUUCUUUUUGUGACCGACUACCCGCUCACCAUCACUGCAAAGAUCAAGAAGAACACACUACGAGAGCAGGCUGAGAAGAAGCUCGGACUGGGGAAGGGAAAAUGAGAUAACUGUAAAUAACUGAAGCUCAGUGACCAAAAACAUCAAAUAAUAGCACACAGUCCUCCAUCAGAACCUCUACUAAACAUCUGAAUGACAGACCGCCUCCUCUACACGCAGAUGUUUGAUAGCUUGGUCUGAAGCAACAAACUGAAACCAAAUAUUGUACAUAUCCUCCUGUAACCGAAUGUAAAAUUUUACUCCUAUUUUUUUACUGUCAACAAAUCCCAUUAAAGUCCAAAAAUCAACACUAAACCUCCUGAGACGACUAUCAACAUUACAAACAGUCAGAAUGAGCCUGAUUUAAUGCACUAAAAAUGUUUGAUCACACAGAAACCAUCCUGCCAUGCAGAGCACAUGUAUUAAUCCACUGUGAAAAGUAGUCCCUAAUAAUGCACUUUCAUCUUUGUCACUUCUCCCAGACUAAACUACACUUUUUCAAAAGAACCUUAAUGAGAUCUGUUUUUAAUUAUUUUCAUGUUCACGUUGAGACAAAAAUCUGGGACGUGUUUUGUUAAAGUUGCACUAAAAUUUAAGAAAUGGGAUUUGUUGACUCUUAAAAAUUAUAUAAAAACACACCAGCAUUACUUUUUUUAGACCUUACUGUGAAAUAAUGUCAUAAAAACAUGAAAGAAAACAUUUGAAUGCUCACUGACCACUUUAUAAGGUACACCUGUUCAUCUGGUCAUUGAUACAAAUAUCAAAAAAGCUCAUCUCAUGAUGUUCAGUUUAGAUAUUAAAUGGAUGUACCUAAUAAAGUGAUCUUUGAAUGUAAGUACUCAGUGAAACAGACCUUGUAACUCUUGAACGCCUCAUUUAUUCCUAUUUGAUCCAGCAGCUCUCAAACCUUUUUUACAUCCUUUGAAAUAAACUUUGUACCAGGUUAUUAAA